GCCAAUUGGAUUUUGACAAUUUCCGUAUAUUCCAACACGAACGAAAAGUGGAAAAAACUACGUGUCUCGAUGAAAAAUCGGAAAAGGAUUAAUCUAUACAACAUAGAAAAGCUCAAAAAAUAUAUUUUCGUCGAGAUAAAUUUGAAAUUAGUGUGCUAAAAUUAUUAUUUUGAGAAAAUUUGCGAAAAAAAAUCCUACGGGAAUAUAUCAAAAUUAAUAUAUUUUUGGAGUCAAUCAGCCUGUUGGCUGUGCGUGCUACCAACAACAACAACAUGCAGUUAUUACUUUCGUCCAUAUGUCUGGCGUUGACGAGCGUCGUCAUCGGAAACGCCUACUAUCAGAAAAAGCAAUUCUAUCCUGCGGUUGUGUACAUCACUAAAUCUAAUGCAUCAAUGGCCGUCAUCUAUAUACAGUUUUUCGUAAUAGUUUUCAUGUUUGGAAAAUUAUUGCGCAAGAUUUUUCUUGGUACAUUACGAGCAGCUGAGUUCGAGCAUUUACUGGAACGGUUUUGGUAUGCGCUUACAGAAACCUGUCUUGCAUUCACUGUGUUUCGGGAUGACUUCAAUCCGCGCUUUGUGGCUCUAUUUACGGUGUUGCUAUUCUUGAAAUCAUUCCAUUGGCUAGCGGAGGAACGCGUUGAUUUUAUGGAGCGCUCACCCGUGCUAGGAUGGCUAUUCCAUAUACGUGUCGCAAGUCUCCUCAUUGUAUUGGGUACACUGGACUAUGUUUUGUUUAUGCACGCCUAUAAUUCGACUCUUGUCCGUGGCCCAACGGUGCAAUUGGUCUUUGGUUUUGAAUAUGCUAUAUUGCUAACAGUUGUCGCUAGCACUGCCAUUAAGUAUGUGCUACAUGCUGCAGAAAUGCGCACCGAUGUACCAUGGGAAAACAAAGCAGUCUUCCUGCUAUACACUGAACUGGUGAUUGGUUUAAUAAAAGUCAUAUUGUAUGUACUUUUUGUUGUAAUAAUGGCCAAGAUAUACGCUUUACCGAUGUUUGUGUUCCGACCAAUGUUCUUUACGAUAAGAAACUUUAAGAAAGCAUUAAGCGAUGUGAUAAUGUCCCGUCGUGCUAUACGUAAUAUGAAUACUCUUUAUCCAGACGCUACACCUGAGGAACUACGUCUUUCAGAUAACAUAUGUAUCAUUUGCAGGGAAGAUAUGGUCAAUCAUUCAAAAAAAUUGCCUUGUGGACAUAUAUUCCAUACCACAUGUUUGCGUUCAUGGUUUCAACGUCAACAAACCUGUCCUACAUGCCGCCUGAAUAUAUUACGCACACCCAAUGCUAACUCAAUGGCGAUGCCAAGACAGGAUGACGCUGUUGGAGGCGCGGUUGCCGGUCAAGCUGCACCUGCAGCUGCUCCAGCCGUUGCCGCUUCCACUUCACCAGCACCAAAUCAAUCACCUAGUGUUGAUACUCCACGCGUUGAAGGACUAGCACCACCCAAUGCGUCAACUCUUCCUGGUCUAUUUGAAAAUAUAGCUGCGGGUAAUGCCAUCCCUAAUCCCUUGGGAGGCGGUCUACCACCGUUCCCUACAACAGCAUCACCAUCAACCUUUCAAGCGAUGCCGAUGGCACCACCAUUUAUGAUGCCUCCCCCGUUCCCAUUUAUCGCACCUUAUUCUGUACCUCCACCUCCUAUGCCACCGGAUCUAAGCACUUUGACCGAUGAGGAACUAAAAGCUUUGGAGGGAGUUGAGCGUCAACAUGUUGAAGAACGCAUCAAGCUGCUGCGCAACAUUCAGUUGAUGCUAAAUGCCGCAGGGAUUCUAAUGAGCAAUUAUCAAACCAUUUCCGCGCGAUUGCAACCUGUAGUACCACCACCAGCCGCAGCACCAGCGCCUUCGAACACCGAAAAUAGUGCAAGCACCUCUCCGGGUAGCAUUAUCAGCAAUGCUCCCACAAAUUUAAGCGACGGUCCUAGCACGUCAGCUGCAGCAGUUGCUGCUCUUGCUGCAACACAAUCUUCAGCCGGACCAAAACCAUCUGGCGGCAAUGAUACAUCAUCAAUAGCAAAAGAAACUGCUUUUACAGAAAAAGCAUCACAACCUCUAUUGCAAAAGCAUAAUGAUGUAACGAUUGAAGAUAUAGGCGGUGAAGAACAUGACUAUAGCGCCACGCAAAGCGAUGACGCUAGUCCUAAGCCUGCGUCGUUAUCAGCGCAAACGCCAAGUGUUGAUAUCAGGCCUGAUGAAAAGUGCACCGCUACAACGGAGCAACCAGAAAAUACCGAGCUUAGUGAACUGAGGAAGAGACGAUUGAAAUUCCUUGAGGAGCUCAACAAAUCGACGGCAUCAGAAGCAACAACUUCACCAAACACUUCAAACGACUAGAAAAAAGAGCUUUAUGUUGUUUCUGUUUUUUUCAUGAUUCUUAUUUUAAUUGGG